AUGGCUGGCAAGAAGAACGCUGGUAAGAACCGACGGGCCAAGAAUCAAGAAACGGCCUCUGGUGAUGUCGAGAAAGUCGCUCAACAAGUUGAGGAAAUGAAAGUGGAAGAAGAUGACGUUUCAAAGGAGUUCUACGGAGUAACUCCUUUACAUCAGUCUCAAACAAAGGAAGGUCCAUUAUACACGGACAUCAGCGACCUCUUUGAUAAAAAGUAUGCUGACACUGCAGUUUGUAUCCGUGGUCGUCUUCACCGCAGUCGCGCCAAGGGCAAACUUUGCUUCUUGGUUCUUAGAGACCGUCAGUAUCUCCUUCAAUGUGUUUUGUCUACGGGUGAAAAGGUUUCGAAGGCUAUGGUAAAGUUUGUUGGAAACAUUACUAAGGAGUCAAUUGUUGAUGUUUAUGGUCUUGUUAAAUCCUCUCCGGUUGCUAUUGAAGGAUGCAAUCCAGACAACGUUGAGUUACACAUUACGAAGAUCUUCGUAAUCAGCGCUUCAUCGCCUGUCCUACCUUUCCAAAUUGAAGAUGCUAUGCGUCCAGAUACUGCUGAAACUGACGAGAGCUUCAGUCGUGUUAAUCAGGAUACGCGUCUGGACAAUCGUUUUAUCGAUCUUCGAACGCCUACAAAUCAGGCCAUCUAUCGACUUGAGCAUGGUGUCGUUCGUCUCUUUAUGGACUAUUUGGAUGAACAUGGAUUCACCAUGAUCCAGACGCCCAAAAUUCUUGGUGGCUCAUCUGAAGGUGGUGCUAAUGUUUUCAAGUUUAAUUACUUCAACAAUGAAGCUUGUUUGGCACAAUCACCUCAGCUUUACAAGCAGAUGGCCAUUGCUUCCGAUUUUGGCCGUGUGUAUACAAUUGGUGCUGUUUUCCGCGCUGAAGAUUCAAAUACCCAUCGUCACUUGUGCGAGUUCGUUGGUUUGGACUUGGAAGUUGCUUUCAAAAUACACUACCACGAAGUGGUGGAUCUUAUUGCUGAAAUGUUUGUUAGCAUUUUCAAGGGUCUGCAAACAAAAUAUGCAUCUGAGAUUGGGACCGUUUGUAAGCAAUACAACGCAGAACCAUUCCAAUUUCUCGAACCAACAUUGAGAUUGGAGUUUUCUGAGGGUAUCAAGAUGCUUAAAGAAGCUGGAUGGGAUGUUGGAGAAUACGAUGAUUUGAGCACACCCGCGGAGAAGUUCUUGGGGAAAUUGGUUAAGGAGAAGUAUGGAACUGAUUUCUACAUUUUGGACAAGUUCCCUCUAGCUAUUCGUCCAUUCUACACCAUGCCUGACCCUCACAAUGAGGCGCUUAUAAAGGUUUCGAAUUCGUACGAUUUCUUCAUGCGAGGCGAAGAAAUAAUGUCUGGUGCUCAACGAAUUCACGAUCCUCAAUUUCUAACUGAACGCGCCAAGCAUCACGGACUUGAUGUUAAGACAAUUCAAUCGUAUAUCGAUUCCUUCCGCUAUGGUUGUCCACCUCACGCUGGCGGAGGCAUUGGUCUUGAGCGUGUGACUAUGCUCUUCUUGGGUCUGGACAACAUUCGCAAAGUGUCUAUGUUCCCUCGUGACCCCAAACGUCUUGCUCCCUAA